GGGCUUAUAUAAACCCCUCGUCCCUCUUCGAUUCUCCCCACAACCACCAUCUUUCUCCUUCAACACAACAUUUUACAUUUUCUUGUCUGAUUUUUCACUUAGACACCACCAUGCCUGAAGCACCCAAGAAAUCUGCACACAAAUUUCCAUCCAACUUGAGUGUCUCUGAGAAGAACAAAAAGGCUCUUCACUUGAUUGAAGAUGUCACCUCUAGACCUGAUGAAAUUCAGGAGCUUGUUCUUUCAGAAAUACUCUCUCGCAACGCCCAUGUCGAAUAUCUUCGACGUCACGGCCUUGCUGGUCAGACUGACAGAGACACUUUCAAGAAAAUCAUUCCCGUUAUCAAAUACGAAGAUAUUCAGCCAGAUAUCAAUCGUAUUGCCAAUGGUGAUAAGUCUCCAAUCCUCUGCUCUCACCCCAUUUCUGAGUUCUUAACAAGCUCGGGGACAUCUGGAGGUGAAAGAAAACUAAUGCCCACAAUCGAAGAGGAGCUGGAGAGGAGAUCAUUUUUGUACAGUCUUUUGAUGCCUGUGAUAAACCAGUUUGUUCCUGGUUUAGACAAAGGCAAAGGAAUGUAUUUCUUGUUCAUCAAAUCAGAAGCUAAAACUCCUAGUGGCCUUUUGGCUCGUCCUGUUUUAACUAGUUACUACAAAAGUUCCCAUUUCAAAAACAGGCCUUAUGACCCCUACACAAACUACACUAGCCCAAAUGAAACCAUUCUUUGCUCCGACUCCUACCAGAGCAUGUACUCCCAAAUGCUCUGUGGUUUAUGCCUCCACAGUGAAGUCCUUCGUGUCGGAGCUGUCUUCGCCUCUGGUUUCAUCAGGGCCAUCAGGUUCCUUGAAAAGCACUGGCCUAUGUUGUGUCAUGACAUCCGAACUGGGACCCUUAACCGUGAAAUCACUGACCCGUCUGUGAGAGAAGCAGUGCUUAAAAUCCUCAAGCCAGACCAAAAAUUAGCCAAUUUUAUUGAAACUGAGUGUAGCAAAAAGUCCUGGCAAGGAAUCUUGACUAGGUUGUGGCCUAAUACCAAAUAUGUUGAUGUUAUUGUAACAGGGACCAUGUCACAGUAUAUACCAACACUUGAUUACUAUAGUAAUGGCCUCCCACUUGUUUGCACCAUGUAUGCUUCUUCUGAAUGCUACUUUGGUGUCAAUCUUAACCCCCUUUGUAAGCCUAGUGAUGUCUCUUACACACUCAUUCCAACCAUGGCUUACUUUGAGUUCUUGCCUGUUAACAAAAAUAAUGUGGUCACAAAUUCAGUUACUGUCCGUGAUUCUCUGAAUGAGAAAGAGCGACAAGAAUUGGUUGAUUUGGCUGACGUUAAGCUCGGACAUGAGUAUGAGCUUGUUGUCACCACCUAUGCUGGACUCUAUCGAUACAGGGUUGGAGAUGUACUCAGAGUUGCAGGAUUCAAGAAUAAGGCCCCACAAUUCAACUUCAUUUGCCGCAAAAACGUUGUUCUAAGCAUUGAUUCUGAUAAAACUGAUGAGGUUGAGCUACAAAAUGCAGUAAAAAAUGCUGUCACGCAUUUGAUGCCAUUUGAUGCAACUUUAACCGAGUACACAAGCUAUGCAGACACGACAACAAUUCCAGGACACUAUGUUCUGUUCUGGGAGCUUAGUGUUAACGGCACAAUCCCAAUUCCUCCAUCUGUUUUUGAGGAUUGUUGCUUAGCAACUGAAGAAUCAUUUAACAGUGUAUACCGUCAAGGUCGUGCCUCGGACAAGUCCAUCGGACCCCUUGAAAUCAAGAUUGUGGAAUCAGGAACUUUUGAUAAACUUAUGGAUUAUGCCAUUAGCUUAGGUGCUUCAAUCAACCAGUACAAGACACCCCGCUGUGUGAAAUUUGCACCCAUUGUUGAGCUAUUAAACUCAAAAGUCGUGUCAAGUUACUUCAGUCCAAAAUGCCCCAAGUGGUCUCCAGGGCAUAAGCAAUGGAUGAACAUCAAGUCAAGCUAGUGUUCUGCUCUUUCAUCUCAAGGUCCAAAAUCUAGUUUUUUGUGAUCAACUUGGAAAUUUUAAAAGGCUUGAUGUUUUACUUAUCUUAAGCUGUUGUUGUAGUAGGAACUUCUGAAUUAGCCGUGUAUAAAAUUGGGUACCAUUUCAAUCUUAUUUCUGAUCUAGCUA